AUGUACAUUUCAGUAACUCUGCAAACCAUUGCUUCUCCGAGAGGACAAAUCAUACAGAGCCCACUGACCCUUACUUCGCUGUGCUCUCUUGCAGCCUGUGAACUUAUGAACCAGGGCAUCUUGGCCCUAGUCAGCUCCAUUGGUUGCACAUCAGCCGGAUCCCUCCAGUCUUUGGCAGAUGCCAUGCAUAUCCCACACCUCUUCAUUCAGCGCUCAACAGCUGGGACCCCAAGGAGUGGCUGUGGGCUCACCCGGAGCAACCGGAAUGAUGACUAUACUCUUUCAGUUCGUCCACCUGUCUACUUGAAUGAAGUCAUCCUGAGGGUAGUCACCGAGUAUGCAUGGCAGAAAUUCAUCAUCUUCUAUGACAGUGAAUAUGAUAUCCGUGGGAUACAGGAGUUUUUGGACAAAGUAUCUCAGCAGGGAAUGGAUGUUGCCCUUCAGAAGGUGGAAAACAACAUCAAUAAAAUGAUCACCACCCUCUUCGACACCAUGAGGAUAGAGGAGUUGAAUCGCUACCGAGACACUCUCAGGAGAGCCAUCCUUGUUAUGAAUCCUGCCACAGCCAAAUCCUUCAUAAACACUAAUGAGACAAUGGCCAUGCAGAUCUAUGAUCUCUUUUUUUCCCCCUCUGGUUUGGUGCAAGGGAAGAACAGACGAGUGACCCAAAGCAGAAUGCAAUCACGGCAGAACCAUGCCAUUUACACAUUGCCACCUCAGGAAAUGAGAGCCACUCUCUGUUGCUAUGCAGAACUCGAGUGUGAUUAUGGGAACGUUGUGGACAGAGCUUGUCCUGAGAAGGGUCCUGAAGGAGAUAUUCUUUGGGUUGCUUAUCAGACAAAAGACAGAAAGACAUUCUAA